AUGGGGAAAGAGGGGAAGGGCAACUUCCAGCUGAAGACGCCAAAGGGCACGCGCGAUUGGUCGGGCACCGACGUUGUUUUGCGCGAGCAGAUCUUCACGACCAUUAGCAAUGUCUUUAAGCGCCACGGUGGUGUUACCAUAGAUACGCCCGUAUUUGAGCUGAAAGACACGCUCACAGGCAAAUAUGGCGAAGACAGCAAGCUCAUCUAUGACCUCGCAGACCAAGGCGGCGAGAUCUGUUCCCUGCGCUACGAUCUUACCGUCCCGUUCGCACGAUUCUGCGCACAGAAUGCCGUCCAGAACAUCAAACGAUACCACAUCGCGAAGGUCUACCGGAGAGAUCAGCCGGCCAUGACAAAGGGGCGCAUGCGGGAGUUCUACCAGUGCGACUUCGACAUUGCAGGCCAGUUCGACCCUAUGCUGCCGGAUGCGGAGAUCCUGAGAAUCGUCAAGGAGGUAUUUGAGGAGCUGCCGGAAUGGAAGGGCAAGUUCACCAUCAAGAUAAAUCACAGAAAAAUUCUGGACGGUAUCUUCCAGAUAUGCGGUGUUCCCGAGGACAAGAUCCGCACGAUAAGUAGCGCCGUGGACAAGUUGGACAAGUCUCCCUGGGAAGAAGUCCGAAGAGAAAUGGUUGAGGACAAAGGCCUCGCUCCCGAAGUCGCCGACAAGAUCUGGACUUACGCACAGCUCAAGGGCGGGAAGGACGUUGUCGAGAAGCUCCAAGCCAUGCCCGAAGUCGUCGCGAACGAAUCCGCAAAACAGGGCCUGGAGAACAUGGCCCUGCUUUGCGACUACCUCGAGAUCUUCGAGGUCAUGCCCGCCCUCUCCGUCGACAUGUCCCUCGCCCGCGGCCUCGACUACUACACUGGCGUCAUCUACGAAGUCGUGACCGAGGGCUCCGCGCCCUCCGCCUCCGCCAAAGACGUUGCCAAGAAAGAAGAGAAGCAGAAAAAGCAAAAGAAAUCCACCGAUCCAGACGAAGACCGCUCCAACGACCCUACCAUCGGCGUCGGCUCCGUCGCCGCAGGCGGCCGCUACGACGAGCUGGUCGGCAUGUUCAGCGGCAAGCCGAUCCCCUGCGUGGGCAUUUCGUUUGGCGUCGAUCGCAUCUUCAGCAUUACCAAGGCGCGGCUUGAUAAGAAUCGCGAGGCGACCGCCUUGCGCCCCACCGAGGUUGACGUCUUCAUCAUGGCGUUCGGUGGCGGCAAGGACUUCACCGGCAUGUUGCCCGAGCGCAUGGCCGUCGCCAAGGAGCUCUGGGAUGCCGGCAUUAAGGCCGAAUAUCUCUGGAAGGCGAAGCCGAAGUUGCAGAACCAGUUCAAGGCCGCUGAGAAUGGAAAGGUGCCCUGGGCCAUCAUUCUAGGCGACGACGAGCUCAAGGCCGGCAAGAUCAAGAUCAAGGAGAUGGGGUUGCCGGAUGGGCAUCCCGAGAAGGAUGGCGUUGUUGUGGAGAAGAACAGGCUUGUGGAGGAAAUUCAGAGCAGGUUGGCGGGAAAGGCGAGUUUGCCCGUAAGGAGUGCGUAG